AAUUUGGUACGUAUGUUGUCAUCUGAGUGUAAUUGUUUACUACUUCAGCUUCUUCGUGUGACUGAAUGUAAAGUAAUAUGCAGCUCAUAGCUGAACAAAGAUGUUGUGAUAUUAUUGUUAUAUUUUAAUUUAGAUUGAAAAUGGGAAGAAAAUCAUGUUUCUAAUAUAAGACAUGUAGUGUUUGUUUAACUCUCAGUCAGCAGUCAACAGCUGCUGCCGUCGAUAGGAAAUCUUUCGAAACUUGCAGUGACAGCAUUGUUUGUUAAAAUAUUGAAUGAAAUUCUGGUACCAUUUUUUAAAUUGAUCAUAAACUAAAAUGGCAUUUUAUUCGUGUAACAGAUAUAGAUUAGUAGUUAUAGUGUUACUUGGCUUGAUAUUGUGGCAGUUCUUUCGAUUGCUACCAGAUAAACCCGCCACGCAAUUAUCAGAGGCUGGUAUUGUGGAGUUAGAAGAUGACAGUUAUAAUAAACACAAACAGGACAAGGUGAAGGUGAGGGUGUACUAUGAAGCUCUCUGCCCUGACUCAAAACACUUCUUUAUGAGACAUUUGGGCCCGGUGACAGAAAAGCUUUCUGACUUCCUUCAGGUCACUCUAGUUCCUUAUGGGAAGGCUACAACCAAAGAAGAGAAUGGGAAGUUUUACUUCCAAUGCCAACACGGUGAGGAAGAGUGCUACGCCAACAAAAUACAUGCCUGCGCCAUUGAGGCCAUGGCCAAUAUGACAACGUCUGUUCAGAUAACAGAAUGUAUGAUCUCAGAUAAUAUGGAUGCUGAUAAUGCUCUUGCCAGGUGUGCUAAAGAAAUGAAGACAAGUCCAGAUCCUAUUAAGAAUUGUGCUAACACUGACCAUGGGUCUGCAUUGCUAAAGAAACAUGGAGAUGAUACACAUAUAUUGCAGCCAACCUUCAUACCAACAAUAACAUUAAACGGUUCACGAGGUAAUCAGGCGGCAAUACUGAAAAAUUUCUUAUUAGAAGUAUGCAAAUUGAUUGAUAUGCCAUUGCCACCACCUUGUUUGUGACAUAUUAAAUUCGAUCGGCCAAACAUGCACAAUAUUCUUCAGCAUUUUAUUUAAGAUUAUGAACUGUAAUGUCUUGUCAAUUGAAGCUCAAAGGCUGCUCAUAUUGUUACUUCCAUAAAAUUCCAGUCAACUUACAUAAAUUGUAUUAUUUUUAAACAUUUAAUCCAAUUAAUUAUAUUAACUAUAUUAUUUCCUGUGUAAAUUGCGUCAUUUAUAAUGUUGUAAGUGUAUAAAUAGUGUCCUGAUAUGUAAUGCACCUAUAGAAUACUAGAUGUGUAGGUUCAAACUCUAUGUUAUCUAAACUCGAGGAACAAGUACUGACUAAAAGGACCAUAAUCUUUAAGUUUGAACUGAACAUCAUGUAUUGGUCUUUAUAAAACCUUUUACCUUACUUAUAUUAAAUAUUUUUCUAAUUAUAUUUUUAGUGGUGAGGUUUGGAAACUUUAAGGCUACCAAAGUAUUAAAUUUGAUAUAAAACAUAAUUGUUACACUGAAUGGGAAUUUGAAAUUAGGUAGAAUAUGUGGUAUCUCUUAUUUCUUCAACUCGAAUUCUCAUUAUGUAUACAAAUUCGUGUGAUGUUGUUAAUUUCUUUUAAAUUAUUAAAUUAUGGGUUGUGUUUCCUAAAAAAUCUAGUGAGUUUUUGAACAAAUAAUUUUAAAUAUAUUUUACGUGUGGAACUGCAGUCGGUUGUGCAUUGCAUUUAGUGAUAGACUCCAGCUGUUGUAUUUUUAUACUUUUUAUUUUUCUAUAUUUUAUAAUUUUCCGUCAUUUAUUUGUAUAAUUUAAAUGUAAACCUAAACAUAAUAAAAAUCAUAUUAAAUGAAAGUCUGAGUAAAAACUAAGUAAGUUAUCUUCUAUCUGAGUGACUAGUGGGUAUACUGUAUACUAGAACCUAUCUAAACCUCUAUUGCUUUUUAUUCAGUUAAAAUAUAAUUUUACAUCCUAACCAAUCAAUUUAUUAAACUGAAAUGUUAUCAGUCUUGUUAUUUGAAAUAUAUGCUACAAUGGUUAAAAAUCUUGGUAUAAAAUAAUUAAUAUCACCGAUGAUAACGACUGCUUUAUUUGAAAGUAUUGUUUUAUUUUUUUAAAUUCCAUUAUACAAAAUAUGUAGACGUGUUUAAAGGUAUGCUACUGUUUCUAGUGUAGGAAAUGUUUUGCAUAGUAACUUAUAAUAUAUCACAGCGAUAGUAUCAUAAAUUCGUGAAAUCAAGUUUUAGAAAUUAAGGUUAUUUUUUAAACCUGCUUGUCGACAUUUCAACCUGUAUUGUAAAAUAAUUGUCUAAACAAUGUAUUGUAAAUUCUGUAUCCUGAAAUUUUCAAAAUGUUACCUACAUUAUAUGAAGAAUAAUAAUAUCAUUUGAAGGACAUAUUCUUUAUUUGUUAUUCAAAUAUUUCUUUAUUGUAGACUGACAAAUAUGUAAAUAAUGAAAUAUGUGUGAAUUACUUCGCUAUGUAUACACAGGUGCCGAUGUGGAUAGUCGCUCUGAGGCUGGCUAUUUGUUACUUUGUUCAUUUAACGCCGUUUAAUAUUCAAUCUAUUAUAUAGAUCGAUUUGGCGACUAUAGACAGAAUUUUGACACAAAACUAUCUCUAGUAGCCAAAUUCAACGACAUAAUUAUGAAUAUUGAAAACGUCCGUUAAAAUCUAAACUUAACGGGUAUUAAUUUUUGUUAUACCCCAUUUUCCUGUACACCAGUACUUACUUUUAUGCAUUAACUCGAAUUGUAACAAACUGUGUAAGUACCUUGGAAUUUAAGAAAUAAAGAUUUGAUAAAAGCAUA